AAAACAGAAUGUCUACUAUUUAGAAAUAAUAAAGAAGAGGAUAUUUUGUCAUAGCUGGAACACUUGUUAAUGCCUACUAUACUUGCUAUGAAAUAAUGAAUAAGGAGAAGAUUCAACAGCUUGUCGCCAAGGCAAAGGAAGCUGCACGUAAUGGAGAAUUACUCGAGUCACUUAAACUGUUUCAAGAAGCUUACGCAAUGCAUCCUUCUGAAAAACUACAAACACGUAUUAAGAAAUUGCAGGAAUUUAUUGACAACAUGGAAUCUGAAAGUGAUGAGGAGGACGAGAAUACAGAUAUGAUUGAUAUUGGCCAUCAAUUUUACCUUCACCACAGCAUUGCUAACAAGCUCUAUGACUAUCAAAGAAAUGGUGUUUUGUGGUUCUGGAAACUUUUUAAAAAGAAACAAGGUGGCAUACUAGGAGAUGAUAUGGGUCUUGGUAAAACUAUUCAGGUGAUUGCAUUCUUAGCAGGGAUGUACGAUGCAGACCUGAUUAAGCAUGUCAUCAUAGUAGCACCACUGGCAAUUCUUGUCAACUGGGAAAAAGAAUUUAAAAAAUGGGCAGGUGGUAUAAGGGUAAAGCCUUUUCAUGGAAACAAUAAAAAACAAAGAUUAAACAAUCUGCAUAAAAUUCAGAGAACAGAGGGAGUCUUGAUCACAACUUAUGGUAUGGUUGUAUCAAAUAUUGACUCUCUUAGUGUUGACGAAAAUGGAGAUCCUUUUCGCUGGGACUAUCUCAUUUUGGAUGAGGGUCACAAAAUUAAAAAUGCAACCAAGACAAGCAAGUGUGUUAGAUCUAUCCCUUCAAAAUUGCAUUACAUUUUAACUGGAACACCUGUGCAAAAUAAUCUUAGUGAACUUUGGUCACUUUUUGAUUUUACCCAGCAAGGAAGGUUACUUGGAACUAAGAAAACUUUUGAUACUGAAUUUCAACGACCCAUUGUUAGGGCAAGAGAAAAAGAUGCGACUGGAUAUGAGCAAGAAGUAGGAAACAAAAUUGCAGAAAGCUUAAGAUUACUCAUACAGCCUUACUUCUUGAGACGCACUAAAGCUGAAGUUUUUUCGAACACAAACAAUGACAAUUCAAAUAAGGAGAAUGGUGCAAAUCAACAAGAUGGCAAAUCUAAUAAUGAUGAAAACAGUAGCACUAUGCAAUCAAAAUCUAUUCCCGAACUCAAAGCUAAAAAAAACGAUUUAAUCAUUUGGGUUUAUUUGUCUGACUUACAACUGAAACUGUAUCAAGGUUUUGUUCGAUCAGAAAGAGUAAAACAGGCUUUGAUGACUACAAGUAGAAAUCCACUGGCAGAAUUGAAUUUGUUAAAAAAGAUAUCUGACCAUCCACGGUUGCAGUCAACACUUUCUAAAUUUUUAACAAGUUCAGAGGAACAUGAAACCAGGCUGGCUUGUGGCAUAGAGAUCGAUGAUGCUGAUGUAGAUACAGAGAGCACAAUUGAAGAGCCUGCACAUGCACCACCUGUGGAAAAAUUAAUCGAAGAUUCAGGAAAAAUGGUGUUUUUAGUGUAUCUAAUGAAAAAUUUAAAGGAUGAAAAUCAUAGAACUGUUAUUUUUAGCCAAUCACGUAAAAUGCUUGACAUCAUACAGAAAGUGUUGUUGAGUUUUGAUCAUAAGAUAUUAAGAGUUGAUGGCACUAUUUCAAAUCCAAUGGACAGAGAGAAAAUUAUACAAAAAUUCCAACACGACUUUUCCUACAACGUGAUGCUUAUGACUACACAGGUUGGUAGCGUUGGCUUAACCCUUACUGGCGCAGAUAGACUUGUCAUAUUUGAUCCAAGUUGGAAUCCAGGAACAGAUGCACAAGCCGUGGACAGAGUAUAUCGACUGGGUCAAACGAAAAAUGUGAUAAUAUAUCGUUUAAUCACUUGUGGAUCAGUGGAGGAGAAGAUCUACAGAAAACAAAUUUUUAAGAAUGCACUGAUGAAGCAAACAACUGGCGCUUCUAACAACCCGUACAGAUAUUUUACUAACCACGAGUUACGUGAAUUGUUUGUUUUGGACGAUCCGAGAGAGUCGACCACACAACAGCAACUUAAACAAAUGCACAAACACCAAAGCGAGAAUGACGAGUCGUUCCUGAAACACUUAAAAUAUUUGGAAAACAAAAAAUGUAUUUACGGUGUGAGCCAUCAUGAUCAGUUGUUUACUCAAGAAGCAGUUGAUGAUAAAAAUGAUGAAUUUGAUGACGAAAUUAUUCAAGCGCAGGUACUUCUUGCCAAUCAAAGGUUGACUCAAGAAAGAAAUUGUGAUGGGACGUUUUCCAGAACUAAGAAACAACAAAAAAGCAGCAGUGACAGAUCAGAAACUUCUGCAUCAUCAAACACUUCCUCGCUUCAUAAGACAACAAACUCGGCACAUCAUCAAAGCUGUACUGAAGUCAGCAGUGAUCUAUCCAACGAAGAGGUUCACCAAUCAAAAAGCAAUGAUGCCACUGUGGAUUGCUCAACUCGAUCAGUGUUGAGCCAAUCAGAGAGUCGCGAAGGAUCUGAUAAAUUAGCUGAUGAAUUAAAUAUUUUAAAGAUUUCAGACAACGCGUCGUCUUCAACAAACGUGGAAAACAUUUCAGAGGAAAGUGCAGUAGUACCAGAAAUCGAGAAAAAGAGCACUGCCAAUUCGAGUGUUCAAAGCAUAUCUUGUGACAUUGUUUCGAAUGACCAUAAAAAUAGCAACCUGUUUAAUGCUUCAUGUUUUGACGCUGAGGAGAGUGAUUGUGAAUCAAAUAACAAUCAUAGCGAAAAUAAUGUGAACAACUUGAAUUCAACGACUAACACUUACGAACGCGAGAUUCGAACUGGUUUUAACGCCUCCGGUAAAUUAGACAAAGAUAAUAAAAAUCAAAACGAAAGUAUAUGCGAGGUUGCUGACACUGCUUGUAGUCCUCUUAAAAAUCAUAACAUUACACCAAAAGUUGUUAGGGAUCUUGGAAAGCUUUACAGGACUCCUCCCGUUAGUCCGUUCUACUCAAGCAUAGAUCCACACGGUAAAGUUUCCAAUGAGGGGGAUCGAAUCGACGAGAGAAGCUCAAGCACACCAGUUCUUAACCUUCUUUACUCACGAUCGAAUGAUGUCUCAUUUAAAAGAACAGGGGGGGUGGAGAAAGCAGAGAAAGAUGGUGAUUUGAAGAGUGAACUGUCAGAAGACGAGCGGGAUACUUCCGAUUUUUAUGAUCAACCUUCCGUUGAGAACAGAGAUGAAGUGGAUAAUUUUCCCGAUACUUUUGGAGAGAGUUAUAUUGAAGAGGAUGCCGGGAAAGAUGACAUGAAUUAUGAUGCUGUUGUUGAAUACGAGAAAAUUGAUAGUGUAACACAAAGAUUAAACAAAUCAAACGACAUUGACGGUCAAGUUAGUUCGUGUGAAUUUGAAGCAGACGAACAUCAGAAAGUUUCAAGUAGAAAAGACUUGAGCAAUAAUGACGGAUGUUCAGGUGUUUCUUCACCUUUGAUAUACUCACCAAGAAAUGGUAAUAUAGCUUCAACUCAUCAUCAAACAUCGGAUCGUACUGCAAAGUGCGAGAGCUUGUAUGAAGCUAAUGAUGUAGCAUGCAGUCCUAUUCCUUCUAUUAACAACUUGGAAAACGUUCUGUCUGAUCAAGACAAGAAAGAUUUUAAUGUGGAGACUAGCAGUUAUGAAGCUAUGGACAUGGCAUGCAGUCCUAUGCCUUCUAAUAAUGACUUGAAAAAUGUUCACUCUGAUCAAGAAGAGAAAGAUGUCAAUGUGGAUACAAGCAGUUAUGACAUGGCAUGCAGUCCUAUUCGUUAUGAUAACAGCCUGAAAAGUGUUCCAUUUUAUCGAAGGGAAAAAGAUUUAAGUUUAGACGUUACUAAAGAAGAUAAUUUAGUUUGUAAAGGGAAAGAUAAUUCUGAUAAUCAAGACAUUUUGGUAGAGAAAGAGAUGGAAAAUGUUUCAGAAGACGUGGCAAAGACCGAAAAUGUGGGUAGCUUGCACCUUUUAUAUGACGAGAUGCCUGAAAGUGGAAAUAUGGUUGAUGUUAAUAAGCCGUAUAAAUAUGUCGUUGAAGAAGAAUCUAUCACAGAGCAACCGACGAAAUCGACUUCGGAUUUAAAAGUCGACGACAAUCCUGAAGUUCAUACUGAAGACGAAACUAUGGGAAGCACUUUUGACUUUGAAUUAUUCAAAAUAAAAAAUGCUUCAAAAGACACUGAUAAUACACCCUAUGAUCCAGACCGUUCCGCUGAGACACAGCCUUUAGAGUCUGAAAGUCAGGAACUAUAUUCAAACGAUAAGCCUGUUGUACUUCCUAUAGAUCGAAAAACAAUGUAUAAACAUCCUAUAAACAAUUCGGUUGAUUCGUGCCAGUUAGCUGACACUAUACCAAUUGAAAGAGAUGCAGAAUUUUAUCAGAAUUAUCAGAAAGGCACUAAGAAGGACAACGAAGCUCACACAAUUGACGUCAAUCAGCCGUCUGAUGCCGACAGUGUUCAGGAAAGUCAAAGAAUGUUUUCCAGUGUUGAAAGUUCUUUUGAUUUCUUUCGACACGAAAAACAUAUGAAUAAAGAGAAUGAUACGGUUAAUGAGAAAAACCGAAGUGUUACCGGAGAAUCCUAUAGGAAAGAAUUUCUACAUGAAGGGAACGUCACAAAUCAAACCUCAACCCAUUCUGUUGUGUUAUCCGACGACGAAACAGACGUAUCGUCAAGUGAUGAAAAAGACAGCGAUUUGGUAACGUCGGUUAAUGAUGCAAUAGCCGAUAAAGAAGUUCUACCUGGUCGAGAUGACGAUUCGCACCGACUUGAGAAAGUAAGAAUGUUGAAGUCGCUGUUUGAAGAGAAUAUGGGGAAAAUAAAUCUUGAUGAACAUGUGCUGAUUAAAAUUGGGGAAUUGUUGAAAGAACUGGAUAUAUAGACAAUUUUUUAUUUAUUUUCUUUAACACUUUUUCCUUACUUUUUCGUUCCUGUCUGUGAUAAACACAAAUGACUUCCCAAUGUUUACAAAGGUUUGAGGAUUUUUGUGCGCGCGCAUUUUAUUAUUUAAAUUUAUACAGAUUUUUGGAUUUAUUUGACUAAGUGCGCAUGUCUAUUGUUUUCAACGUAAAAUUACAACAUUACGUACAGUGAGGAUUCUGUCACGACGGUUAUCCGAAGAAAGUUUACAAAAUUUUACAUUAAGUUCACUACCAUGAAGUGGGAGUUAGAUCUUAAGUUGAAAGCGUUUUAUUAAUAUAAUUUUGUUGUUGUUGUUUUUGUUGUUGGAAGUUUAGUUUGCUAUCUAUAAAGAAAUAUAUUUGUAAUUUUAUGCUUUUUGUAGAAAACAUCGUGUUUAUUUAUUUUUGACUAUUCUUCCAUUUUCAAAUUUUAUUCGAUUUUCUUACUUAAUCAUGAAAAAGAAAUAAAUUGAGUACAUGAAGAUUAA